AUGUCAUCACUCCUUGAAGAGUCACACCCAGCCUCACCACCUUGUUCACUCAAGACGAAUUCACCGCAAUCUCCAAUAUCUUCCUAUCAGCUUCGACAAUCCAUCUGUGGACUGGAGACUGAACUGAUGAUUCAAACGUUUGAUGAUCGUAUAUUAGUGAUUAUUACCCAGAAUGGUAAAAUUGGAUGUUUAACACAGGCAUCCCUGCCAAUACAUACACCUCUCCCACCUCCACCUAAACCAUCCACGAUGAACGGACACGAAAACCCAUUACACAUAUUAGAGAUAUUACCUUCUCCACCAUCAUCACUUUCUCUGACACCUUUACUGGGUUCACCUCCUGAUCAAACUUUGAACGAUCUGUACGUUUCUCAAAUAGCCACAUUGGUAUUUUGGGCAUUAGAAACUUCAGGUUCUGGUAGACGGAACGUCGUUGUUGGAAUGACUCUAAAACAACCUUCGUCUCGGCAUCAAUCACGACGGAGCGAUGGCGAUGGUGGUAGUCAGGACGAUGAUGAUGAUAAUGGUAUACUGGAUCAAGAUGAACGGAUGCGAUACGCAGGUGUAAUGGAUCUAGUAUCUCAGUGGCCUGGUCCCUCGCCUGAUUCAACGGAACAAAUUGAAUAA